AUAAUCAACAUCAAUGAUUUCACCAAACGUGUAAAUCGCUUAUUUAAUAUUUUUCUUUGGUGAAAUUUUAAUAAUAUUCGUUUUUUAUUCUUCUUUGUAACAGUACUCGCGUAAAUAGUGCAUUUGCCGUAAUUGUUAAAUUGUUUUUCGUGAUUCACAUGCGUUUCGUACGAUAUCUACACAAAUUGGCAAUGAUGACUAAAUCGUAAAUAAUCGUAUUUUAGCGGUCUCACAAGUAGACCAAAUUCAGGCGGUUUCUGAACGGCUCGUGAAUGCCUGUACGUUCGACGGUUAACAAUCGCAGACUAUUACGAUCGUUAGGAAUUUUAAAAUUUCCUGACUAUGGCAUCAAAUGAAAACUGCCCUACUGCAGGUACAGGGGCAGUUUUUAAACAUAACGGAUUCAAUACUAAUUCGAAGAAAGAACCAAUAGUUAGAGACUAUGCUUUACUCAAUGCAGAGGAAGAUGAUGAAAUGGAAAUUUAUGGAUACAAACGAAGUGGACUAAUGACGAUAAUAACAUGGAUUCUAAUCGUUUUGACGUUAGGAUUCGUACGUUUAUUAUUUCAUUGGUGGCCUCAUUGGGUUUUGUAUGCUAUGUUCAAAAGAUGUCCCCUAAACGAAGCAGAACGUGUUCUCAUUGUUGACAGUUACCAAGGGAUGUAUAAGUCAUAUUUUGUAAGACCAAUAAAAAAAGUGUCAAUUAAAAAAAUAUGUAGUGACGAACUAUCCAAAACAGAAAAAAUGAAGAACAUGAGUGAUUUUACAAUUGAAGAACUUCGCAAAUCAUUAGAAGUAAAAUCUAUAAGGAUAAAUUUGAAUGAUGGAUCAUUUCAAGAUGUAAGUCAAAUCAGAGCAAUAGAAAUAAAAAAAAUUUGCUAUGUUUGGUGCGAUAAUCAAAGGAAAUUUCAAAAACUCGUUGGCUUAGAUAGAGGUAUGACUACAGCGCAACUUCAUACAUUUAAAGGUUAUUCUGUACAAGAACAAUUUGUUAGAAAGUGUAUAUAUGGAGAAAAUAAAAUCAAUGUACCCACUCAAAGUAUAUUCACUCUAAUAUGGCUUGAAGUUCUUAACCCUUUAUACAUUUUCCAAGCUUUUUCUCUUGUAGUAUGGUUUGCUGAAGGUUAUGUGUAUUAUUUGGGAGCAAUAGUUAUCAUGUCAGUUUUUGGAAUAACGUCGUCAGUUAUACAAACUCGUCUGAAUCAAAAGACUUUAUUAGAGACAGUGCGUUCAUUAGAUAAAGUGACUGUAUGCCGAAAAAUGGGAGGACCAAACUCUGAAGCCAUCUACGAAGAUAUACCCACACUAGAUUUGGUACCGGGUGAUAUAAUUGUCAUACCAAGAUAUGGAUUUGAAGUACCAUGCGAUAUAGCUUUACUGUGUGGAAAUUGUGUUGUUAAUGAAAGCAUGCUUACAGGUGAAAGUGUGCCUGUGCUAAAGACUGCACUGCCUAAUAUAAAUCUCUUAUACAACGAACAGGAAGACGCUAAUCAUACAUUGUUUUCUGGAACUAAAAUUCUUCAAGCACGAUAUUUUUCUGAUCGACAUGUUCACGGAGUAGUUUUAAGAACGGGAUAUUUAACCGCUAAAGGGUCAUUAGUGAGAUCAAUAUUAUAUCCACCCCCCGCUGAUUUCAGGUUCGAUAAAGACACAUAUCGUUUUAUUUGGAUUUUAGCAAUUGUUGCAAUUUCUGGUUCAAUUUAUACAGCAGUGACAAAAGCGUCUAGAGGAUUAACCGUAUUUGAUAUUUUAGUCAAGUCCUUAGAUCUGUUCACAAUUGUAAUUCCGCCAGCACUUCCAGCUGCCAUGACUGUUGGUAGAUUAUACGCAUUGCGUAGGCUUCAAAGUCAUCAACUAUCCUGUAUGAACUCAAGAGUUAUUAAUGUUUGUGGCUCAAUAGAUUGCAUAUGUUUUGACAAAACAGGAACUUUGACAGAAGAUGGCUUAGAUAUGUGGGGGGUUGUACCAGUUGAAAAUAAUCACGAGCUUGGAUUGCCCGUUAGAGAUGUAACAACGUUGCCCAAUGAUCAUGCGUUGAAAUUGGGUAUGGUAGCGUGUCAUUCGUUGACAUUACUAAAUUCAACGGUUUCUGGAGAUCCCCUUGACAUAAAAAUGUUUGAGUCCACGGCUUGGGGCCUUGAAGAAUUAGAAAUAUCCGAUGCUUCAAAGUUUGAUGUUUUAAUACCAUCGAUUGUACGAAACUUGACUACCACAGAUGACGAAAAACAAAUAGAAAUUGGUCUUAUUCAUCAAUUUCAUUUUUCUUCAUCACUUCAAAGAAUGAGCAUGAUUACAAAAACAAUCGGUGAUCCACGUUUUAUUGUGUAUACCAAAGGAUCACCAGAAAUGAUACAAUCAUUAUGUAUUCCAAACACCGUACCAAGUAAAACUAAUAAUGUAUUGCGUGGUUACACCGAAGAAGGAUAUAGAGUUAUUGCUCUUGCUUAUAAAGUACUUAAAGAUUGUAAUUUUGUUCAAAUUCCAAAAUUAAGACGAGAAGAGGUGGAGUGUGAUUUAAACUUUGCUGGAUUAGUUAUUUUAGAAAAUCGUUUAAAAGAUCAGACUACACCUGUUAUAAAAGAACUUCAAGGAGCAGAUAUGAAAAUUAUCAUGGUUACUGGUGAUAACAUUUUAACGGCUGUCAGUGUAGCUAAAGAAUGUGGAAUAGUUUUGCCCUCGAAAACAGUGGUUGAUGUUACAGCUGAUGAGAGUCAAGAACAUCAUCCAAAAAUAUACUAUACAGCUAGUGGAAUUACAUCACCAAUGAGAGUUACUACAGCUAUAAUAGAAAGCUAUGAUUACAAUAAAAACGAUUUAGAAUUAGAGGCCAGAGUCAAUGGAGAUUAUAGUUUUGCAAUGACUGGCCGAACAUGGGCAAUCAUUAGAGAUAAAUUCCCAGAUCUUCUUCCUAGGAUACUUGUAAAAGGAGCUAUAUUUGCAAGAAUGACAUCCGAACAAAAACAACAGUUAAUACAAGAACUCCAACAUAUUGGCUACCAUGUUGCCAUGUGUGGUGAUGGUGCAAACGAUUGCGGGGCGUUAAGAGCGGCUCAUGUCGGCGUUUCAUUGUCAGAAGCGGAAUCGUCUGUAGCUUCGCCAUUCACUUCUCACGUAGCAGAUAUUUCUUGUAUGCCACGUAUCAUCCGUGAAGGCAGAGCAGCUCUAGUUACGUCAUUUGGGAUUUUUAAAUUUAUGGUCCUCUAUAGUUUGUUGGAGUUCACUUCAACAUUUAUUUUAUACAACAUUGACAGUAACUUAACAGAUUUCGAGUUUCUGUUUAUUGACAUUGGUUUAGUGGUAAAUUUUAUGUUCUUUUUUGGACGAAAUGAAGCUUUUCAGGGAUCAUUAUUUAAAAAGCCUCCUCUUACGAGGUUAUUAUCGUUUAUUCCUUUGUUUUCGAUGGUUACGAAUCUGUUUGUAAUGAUAUCAACACAGAUUUUAUCCUUCUAUCUAGUACAUCAAUUUUCUUGGUUUAAACCAUUUCAUUAUACUCACCCGAGAGAGUAUAAAUGCUAUGAAAAUUAUGCUGUGUAUUCCGUAUCGCAAUUUCAAUACAUUAUAUUAGCUUUUAUAUUUUCAUAUGGUAAACCAUACCGAGGACCUAUUUACAAAAAUACAAUUUUUUUCUGUAGUUUACUAACUAUGACUGCUACCUGUUUGUACAUAACUUUGUUCCCUGCAGAAUGGACGAAAGAAUUACUCCAAUUAGAAUUUCCUCCGAUGAUCGAGUUCCCGAUUAUCGUAGUUGCAUUAGCUAUAUUUGAUUGUAUUUUAUGUCUGGCUAUAGAAUAUUUUGUUGUUGAUUAUUUGUUGACGAAAAAAUUAAAAUUGGGGUCUUUUGAUUCCACUAAUGAACAUAUAUAUCAUUCAGUAAAGGCUGAACUAGACUCUUCACCUGGAUGGCCCCCAAUUUGUAAACAUCAACCAAUGAUUACUUCAUCUUCUUUAGAGUGUAUGCGUAAGACUGAAAUCGAUACGGAACAUUUUGAACGCCAAGAACGUGUUAAGACAAUGAUAACACGAUUAUAAAUGUUAUUGAUAUGGUAAAAAUAAUUUUGUUUUUAUAUUUUGAAAGAAAUCAAUGCUGUUUACAUAU